AAAAUCCAGGUCCUCAGAUUGAGAGAUCUUGGAGACAAGGAAUAAAUAUCGAAAUGGCAGACCGACGACGCAUUAAUGGCCCUGGAGGUAUCACAGUGGCACCUGUCUAUGAAGCAGAUGAGUUUGUUGUUUCCACUCGGACUCGCGCUCCAAAUGGUAUCAGGGCACAAUAUUUGCAGACUGGGGUAACCCCAUCCGCCUCUGGAUCGGCGUACCUAGAAAUUGAAUCACAGCAAGAUUCUAGUAGUAAAGGCAUGAAACUUUCAUGCACCGUUCAUGGGCCUAGAUCUCUACCUCGAUCAGCGCCUUUCUCCCCUCACAUGGUCCUCUCUACGCAUGUCAAAUACGCACCUUUUGCAACUCGUCAAAGAAGGGGUUAUUUACGCGAUUCUACCGAGCGUGACUUGAGCACCCAUCUCGAAGCAGCUCUCAGGGGUGCACUCAUUGCAGACCGUUGGCCCAAGAGUGGAGUGGAUGUGGUUGUUACCAUUAUUGAAGGAGACCAAGCCCGUCAGGUAGCUGUGGAGCAGGGAAGCGAGGAAUGGGACAUGAUGAAUGUGCUUAGCGGCUGCAUCACUGUUGCCGCCGCCGCUCUCGCGGAUGCUGGUAUUGACUGUGUCGAUACUGUCUCUGGAGGUGUUGCGGCUUUGGUGUCUGGGGCGGACAAUGAUGAACCCAUCAUGGUGCUCGAUCCAGUUCCUUCUGAACAUUCACAAAUACUCGCAGCUUGCUGUGUAGCCUAUCUUCCCUCCCGAGACGAAAUCACAAAUCUCUGGCUGAAGGGAAGCUUGCCUUCAUCAGACGCCAGUCUGCAUCGCGACCUUGUCGCCCGUGCCGUACAUGCAAGCAAAGGAGCCAAUCUUGCAGUAGCUGCAUCACUGAAAGAAUCAGUCAUCGUGGGUUGAUUGGAUAGUAGGUCAGCAUGUGACACAAACUUGAUGUGUGUUUCUAGGCGUUCAAUCAAUAACAUCAGCACAGACUCUGUCGACUACAAUGGCCAGCUUCUUAACUUCGUUGUGCUUUCUUAAGGCAAUACCACUGAAUUCCUUCGCCUGAUGCGGACGUAUCAUGGGCGUUCCUGGCCACACUGGAUAAGCACUGGCUCGAAAUCGUCUUGUAGGACGUAGCUUUCGGGCGAAGAGUACAAUUGAUCUUCUUCGAAGUAUCAUGAAACACGAUUGAGAAUGAAGCCAAAUGGGAAUGAGGUAGACAAACCAUCGGAGAAGUUCAUAUCAAGACGAGUCAAACAUUUUUAUUCAAUAAUAAGAUACCCCUGAGGCCCUGUCCCGCUGAACAAACUCAGCUACUCUUGACUGAUAGAAACGCUAGACACAGCAGGUUGUUUAGCUCUUUCGGGAUAAUUUCAGGC